ACAUCCCCCCAUUUCAAACCAUCCUCCCCCUCCCCCCUCUCCCCAUCUCGCGCACGCCAUCCACCCACCCACCAAUCACGCGGAUUUGCGCCUCCCGACUCCGCCAGCCACCACCCAGAUCCGGCGACCCAGCCCGAUUCGCGACCGCCCCCGGGAACCCUAGAUCGGACCGACCCCUGCCAGGGAUGGCGCCGGUGCCGACGCCGUCGUCGCGGACGGGCCCGCCGUCGACGCCGCAGGCGACGGCGGGGGGCGCGACCCCGUUCAGGACGCCCGCCUCCAAGCACCGCCUCCAUUUCCCGCCCGCCUCCACCCCCCGCGGCGCGGGCGGGGCCGCCACGGAGCACCCCGUCGAGGUCAUCGGCCGCGUGCGCAACCUCACGGCCUCCGCCGCCGGCGCCUCGGUGCUGGAGGUCCCGGGCGGCGCGGGCGGGACCACCGUCCGCGUCCGCGGGGACGCGGGCGGCAUCUCGUGCCGCGACUUCAGCCUCGACGGCGUCUCCGUCUCCGAGGAGGAGGACCUGGAGGCCUUCUACCGCCGCUUCGUCAGGUCCAGGAUCCAGGGCGUGCGGGUCGGGGCCAAGUGCACCGUCAUGGUCUACGGGCCCACCGGGUCCGGGAAGAGCCACACCAUGUUUGGCUGCGCCAGGCAGCCCGGCAUCGUCUACCGCGCGCUCCGCGACAUCCUCGACGGCGGAGGGGGCUGCUGCGAGGGCGGCGACGACGACGACGCCGGGUUCGGGGUCGGGCUGUUCGUGCAGGUCGCCGUGCUCGAGAUUUACAACGAGGAAGUCUACGAUCUGCUCGUCGGCAGCGGGCCCAAUACUAAAGGGAACGCCCCCAAGGUGAGGCUAGAAGUAAUGGGGAAGAAAGCCAAAAAUGCAACUUACAUAUCUGGAAAUGAAGCUGCAAAGAUAUCCAGGGAAGUUGCAAAAGUAGAGAAGCGGCGUACUGUCAAGAGCACCCUCUGUAAUGAGAGAAGUUCGCGAAGUCAUUGCAUGAUAAUCUUGGAUGUGCCAUCGGUGGGAGGAAGGCUGAUGCUGGUGGAUAUGGCUGGCUCUGAAAACAUAGAAGCUGCAGGCCAAACUGGAUUUGAUGCCAAGAUGCAGACGGCCAAGAUCAACCAAGGCAACACGGCUUUGAAACGAGUGGUUGAGUCCAUAGCCAAUGGUGAUUCACAUGUUCCAUUCAGAGACAGCAAGCUGACAAUGCUGUUACAGGAUUCAUUUGAGGAUGACAAAUCAAAGAUUUUGAUGAUUCUGUGUGCAAGUCCAGACCCAAAGGAAUUGCACAAGACGGUUUCUACCUUGGAAUACGGUGCUAAAGCGAAAUGCAUUAUACGUGCUGCUCAUGCAUCAACACCAAGGGACAAAAUCAGCUCUGAGGAGUCAUCUUCAAUGCUCAAUUCAAGGAUUGUUGCAAUGAACCAGUUCAUAUACAAGCUGCAGAAGGAGAACAAGCUAAGAGAGAAAGAGCGCAACGAGGCCCAAAAUGUUCUUCGGCUAAAGGAGGAGGAGCUAGCGCAAGCGAGGGCGAAGCUUAGGCUGCUAGAAGGGCAGGGUGCAGCUGCAAAGGAGGAAGAGAUCAACUCAAAGGUCGCUGAGAAGACCCAGUUGCUAAAGAGCGAGCUCCAGAUGAUGGAAGAGAAAAUGCUCAGGCAGCAGCAAGAGCUCCUUGCUUUGAAGCGGCGAUUGCAGGAGCUGGAGCUUGAAAAGGCAGAUGCUCGUCAGCCUGCACAGCAGGAUGUCAUUGGUGGUAGAUUGUUGGCGCGACUAUCAGAGAUGUCUGCUGCAGGAGAUCCAUGCAUGUCAAUGGCAAUGUCCAUGUCCAUGGAUUUGGAUGCUGGUGAUCAGCCGUCUGUGUUGGAUGUGAAGGUGAUCAAGGAGGAUACUCGCCAGCAGCAGGGCCAGAUGUGGGGGAAUCACACAUCGACAGCAGACUCUGGCACCACUGCCCUGGAGCAAGAAGAUGUGGUCAGACUGUCUGGGUUCCCUGAAAAGGCUGUCCUGAGCACUGUGUUUGAGGAGGGAGAUGAAGAAGGCGAAGAGAAGGAUAAUGGUGCUGAGGUGGAGGUGUGCAAAGAAGUGGUGGAAGAGGAGAGCUACAAGGUGGACCGAAUGGAACAACCACUUGCUGAACCGGACCGGACCAACCGUAUCCAGAACAUCUUCAGGCUGUGUGGCAACUACCGUGAGCUGGUCAAGAAACAAAACGCCGAUGAGUCACCGGCGAUGCAGCAAGCAUUUGGAGAUGAGAACAAGCAGCCCGGACAGCAGCAGUUGUUGGGAGAUGAGAACAAUCAGCAGGCAAAGCAGGUGUUCGGCGAUGAGAACAAGGACCCAUCAGCAGCAUGGGCACCCAUAGAAAGCCCCAUGUGCGACGUCAAGAUUGCCGACAGCCCUGUGUCGUCGCAGCUCUCGCCCAUCGUUUGCCAAGUCGUGGACAACGCCGAGCUGACAAUGCAGGAAGAGCUGAAAUCAUGCACCACAGAUGAGGCAAAUGAGCCAAGCAAGAAGGAGGGAGAGGGCUUGCUGGACGUCUACAUCAAAUGGGAGUCCGGCAGUCUGAUCAAGGGGCUGAAGCUUGUGCCGACCGCUUGCCUUUCAGACCUGAGGAAGCUCAUCGGGGCUCACUUUGAAGAAGCCGGCAGCAAGCAGCCACACCACCACUUCACCUUCCUCCUCCUCGGGGUACGUCAUUCAGCUCUGCCAAUGCCAAUUGUUCUUCUCUUGUUCCUAUUGCUCAUGGCGAUGGUACCUGUCAAUCGCCAUAUCACCUUGGAUCCUUCUGGUGCGCCGGUGUCGAGGGAGAAGGAGCCGACGGUGCAGAUCAGCAGACUGCCCAACUGGAACAACCAGACCAACAGCUACCUCGCCUGCCUGCGCGUCGCCAGGAAGCCCGCGACGACGGAGCAGCAGCAGCAGCAGCUCCACCAGACGCCCUUCAGCCCGCUGGAGAGCAAGCUCAACUCCUUGGCCCUGAACGAGGUGCAGCAGCAGCAGCACCAUGCCGCCGCGGGCGCGCUCUCGCCCAAGGUCGUCGGCCAGAUGAGCCCCAGCUACAUCCGGGAGCUCAGAGCUUGACUUGAGCCCCUCAUCGUUAUCAGAUUACCGUGUUGGUUGGUUGCCGUCGGUCACAUGUGGUGACGAACUGACGACGAGCGAGCUAUCUCGUAUCCAGAAAUGUAUUCUCUGCUCUGUAAAAUUACUACUAGCUUGAAGCCUUGAACUCCAUCAGCACACUGCUUGUCGUCCGUCGGCUAGUCUGGCUUUUGCUACUCGUGAUGUAACCCAUGUUGCAGUCAUUACACGAGUGGCUGUGCAUCCCAGUCAGUAUGAUUAUGAUAGAUCGUCUAGUUGGAGGGGAAUGCACUUGAUCUGAAUUCCAUGCUA